GGCGAUCGUGUACAGAACACGUACGGCGAAGGAGGACCUGACGGGACGAUGACUCACAGCGGCAUUAGAGCACGGAUGCAGGCAUAGAUGACAGUCAUUGACAAGCACAAGGGAGACAACAGACAAGAUGCCGUGGCUUACAGAAAUCCUUCCGGAAAAUCCCAAACCACCAACCAGAAGCAAAGAUAAGCAAACACUGGCUGGUACAGCUGGGAGAGAGAUCAGGUUAAAGGCCAAUUACUAUCCCAUAACAGUCAAAUCAUGGAACAAAACUUUGUUCCAUUACGAUGUAGUCAUUGAAGAACCGAAUCGUGGGGAAUUGGAUAUUCCAAAGAAAAAGAAGUUCAUGAUUUUUGAUGGGCUGAAGCUGAAAUAUCCACAAUUCUUCAAGGAAUACAAUUUAGCAUACGAUGGAAUGAAGUCUGCAGUUAGCAUUGGAAGAAUUAAAGAGUUUAGUGAUGGUCGUCCACAUCAGGUCCACAUUUCUGGUGACAGUGGCAAGAAGAGUAGAUACAUUUUGAAGCUGAAAAUUGUGAAUGAUCAUAGUCUCAAGAACCUGCAGGUAGCACUCAACAAAUGCAGCCAGGCGGAAUGUGUAGAAUUGCCCUCCAUAAUAUUCCAGAUGAUGGGAAUAAUGUUCAGACAUGGCCCAAGUACUAGUUUUUCAUGUGUUGGGCAAAAUAGUUUUUUCCCCCUAAAUGGUGAACUGGGAUCCUCAGAAGACAUUGGAGGUGGAAAGGAGAUUAAACCAGGCUUCUUUGGUUCAAUAAGACCUGGGUGGAAACCUUUUCCACUUCUUCUGAACAUUGAUGUUACUCAUGCUGCUUUUUACAAAGAACAAAGUGUCAUUGAUUACAUAAGAGAAACACUUGAUCCCGCGGGAUCAAACUUUCCUAAUUAUUUAAAUGAUAGAGAAAGACUGAAAUUGGAAAAAAAUCUGAAAGGAUUAAAAGUUAGAGUAACUCACACCCCUGUAAAUCGUACAUACAAAAUAAUUGGCAUAAUGAAACUUGGUGCUCGUGAGCAAGAGUUUGAAAGGGAACCAGGAAAAGUUACCACCGUGGAAAAAUAUUUUGCAGAGGUAUAUCCUCGGAGUAAACUGCAAUACCCUCAUCUGAAUUUGAUAAGAGCUGCCCCUGAAAGCAGAACAAUCUACUUGCCUAUUGAAUUCUGCAAACUCAGCAAGGGACAGAGAGUCACAAAAUCUUUGAACGACAAUGAAAAGAGUCAGUUUAUCCGUAGAGCUGCCAGAUACCCAAAUGAAAGGCUAACAAAGUGCAACGAUAUUGUCCGGAAGAAUAAAUUCUCGGACGAUCCAAUGAUGAGAGCACUAGAGUUUACUGUGUCAGAUAGGCCAGUUGAACUGAAUGGUCGAAUUUUACCUGCCCCAGAUUUGAAGAUGAAAGAUACUAUUGUGCAACCCAUAAAAGGGGUUUGGGAAGCUUGGAACAGGGAGUUCUACAAAGGGGCUACUAUAAAGACCUGGGCUGUUGUAAACUAUGAUUUCUAUACAGGAGAGGAUAUAGUGAAGCACUUUCUAGGUAAUCUUAAGGCGAUGGCAAAAGAAAGAGGAAUGAUUAUGGAGGAACCUGUGAAGUUCGUGAAAGGAAGUGAACCAGAGAAGGAUUUUCCAAUGAUUAUGAAAGCUUAUAAGGAAAUACAGAUGAUUCUAGUGAAUUUACCAUCCAAGAAGGGAGACAUAUAUGGUCGUGUCAAGAAGAUGGGGGACCGUGAAUUUGGUGUUGUAACGCAGUGCAUUUUAUCAAAGAACUUAAGGAACCCUAAGCCUGCAACAGUAAACAAUGUGCUUUUGAAAAUCAAUGGUAAAAUGGGAGGCGUGAAUAAUACACUGGGAAAUGAAAGCAGUACUUUUGUAAGUAUUGAUUUAGUUGCAUUAUACUCUUUUAACCCAACGUUGCUGGGAAAAUGCUGUGCUCAUUUUAGAUUUUUUUGUGAAAUGUUUCUGCUAGUGCUUAGCUUUAAAGGAGUCAAUUCUCUCUCUCUAAUUGAUACAGUGAAGAAAUUGAUAUUAUUUUUGUCUUCCAGGAAUCUUCUUGUUGCAUUCUAUAAUAAAACUGGUAAGAAGCCAGAAAGACUCAUAAUGUAUCGUGAUGGUGUGAGUGAGUCCCAGUUUUACACUGUACUGGCAUAUGAGCUUAAUGCAAUGCGUGAAGCCUGCAAAUCACUACCAGGUGAAUAUAGACCUGGAAUAACUUUCAUUGUUGUGCAGAAGAGGCAUCAUACCAGGUUGUUUUGUGAUAGUAGAGAGGGAAUUGGCAAAUCCAGAAAUGUUCCUCCAGGCACCAUCGUUGACCAGAUUAUCACUCACCCCAGUGAAAUUGACUUUUACUUGUGUUCUCAUCAGGGAAUCCUUGGAACAAGCAAACCUACACAUUAUCGUGUUCUGUGGGAUGAUAAUGACAUGACGAUGGAUCAGCUGCAGUCAAUGUCAUAUGCCCUGUGUCAUACCUACUUCCGCUGUACAAGAUCUGUGUCAAUCCCUGCACCAGCGUACUAUGCUCAUUUAGCAGCUUACAGGGCAAAGGUUCAUGGUGGGGCUUCUGAACAAACAGGAGGAAUGAAGGAAGGUUCCGCAGCUGAUAUCUCGAAAGCUGUUCAGAUGGACCAGAACUAUACUGUUCAUAAUAAAAUGUACUUUUUGUAGCCAGAUAAAGGAAAUCUGGAAGCAUGUCCAGAUUCAGAUACUGUCCAGUUUUUUAAACCUACAAGAUAUCAUAUAUUGUAUUAUAAAUACUUAUGUUCUAUUAUUUAAAUGUUGAUAUUGCAUCUGCUUGGCAUUAUUUGAAUAUCAUGAUUAAUUUCCACAAUAUUAUUAUCAUUAUCACAAUGAUAUGGUUUAUGAUGUCAUAAUUAUUGGCCUGUUUAAGUAAUUAAGAAUCACUGUGGAUUGAAUCAUGCAAUAUUGUUAUUGAGCUGCUGCAAAAUAUAUUUAAAAAUUAGUUUUGUACUCUUAUUAAAGCUUUCUUGCUGAUUAGCACAGCCUUUUUGCCAUUUAGAUCUCAAACCCAUAAUUUUUUAUAAUUAUAACUGCAGUGUUUGUAUGUGUGUUAUAUACUAGAAGUGUACUGUGCCUUUGAAUAAAAAAGAGGGAAUUACUAAGUAACCUUCAGAGUAUUGUUGAUUCUUUCAUUGUUGAUUUGUGUUGUUAUUAUGUAGUCCUUUGAUGUAUGUACUAUACACAUAUAAUAAGUUUCAGCUUAUUAAUUUUACUGUUAUUGUUCUUCAUCUUUUAUUUCCCUUUUAUUGAUAAUGUUAAUUAUGGUUUUAGGCAUUUUAUUGAUUUCUGAACUUUUGCAUUAUUACAAUAUAUGUAUGAUUCAUAUGCCAAAUGGCCCUUUUCUGAGCUGUUGUAUUUUCAUAUAACAUACAC